AUGACCAUACCGGCGACGAAACUCGUAUUGCAAGUGGAACGCGCGACAGACAGGUUCAAGUAUGGGCAUUUGACUCCAAAGGACCAGUUGAUACCGAUCUUCAGUGUUGAGCUGUCCACCACGAUCCCGCGCACUGCAAAAUACAUACACUUCGAGGCUCAGACGGUACUAUCCGUCGGUACAAACAAGGCUGGACCUAUGAUUGGGCACACUGCUGUGGACGCCCCUCAGACACUAUUCCUAAUCGACAAUGUGGUUAACGGGUUCAGCCUACAUCGUUUGGAAGAUGGAGCCUACAUCCAUACCUACAAUACCAAUCCAGUGAAGACAUUCCCAAAACAGGUUGUUUUUGGGGACCAGGCUACCCUUGUUGUUGGAGGUAGCGACACAGGAACUAUUCGGAUUUUCGACAAGAAUGACGGUGCCCUUAAGCAAGUAUUGCAACAUGCAGACAGGGGGCGAGUACAAACUGUAACGAUGUAUGACAGUCCACAACACAGCCUGAUUUUUGGAGUAACAUCUACCAACGAUGCAGAACUGACCAUCUCCAUCUGGUGUCGCAAACGUGCGACAUCACCAAGUGACUGUCCUCUGGGGUCAGAGGUCAGGAAUUUUGUGCGGGGAAUAAUCCAGCUAGCUAUCGCAAUGGCGAUAAUAGCAUAUGUUAGUAAUAUGUUGAUUGAACAUUCGUUGGGGAUUACAUCACUGGGAAAUGCCUGGCAAGAGUAUUCAAAAUUGGGGGCUCAAACAGCUGACCUAACGAAUACUAACAUCCGCUCCUUGGUAGAACAAUAUAUGGAGGCACUGAGGGGUGAAGAACUUGAGAGAGCACAAAGCUCAGGAGCAGAUAGGAGACAUGAUGGACAAGCGAAGCUUGUAAAGCCACAAGAUAUGCUACAUGAGGUCAUUCUCCUCAGAAAUUGA